AAACUCUUUUCAUCAGAGAACGAGGGCUCACGCCACGACUAGGCAAAUAAAUAAUUUUUGUAAUCAUUAUCAUAUUCAUUAAAAAAGGGGAUAUGCCACCGUUUCGAUCUUUUUGUUCCUGCUCAUGUUGUGAUGCCGAUUUUCGAAGCACACAAUAUAUCGAUGCGUUUACCUGAUGGACGGUGGUUAUUUGAGGAGAUCAAUAUCCAAUUAGAACGUGGGGAUGUCCUUGCCCUUCGAGGGCCUAGUGGGGUCGGGAAAACAACACUGCUAAAAUGCCUUGCUGAACUGAUUCCUUACAAUGAAGGAUAUUCUGUGUUGCAUGGAAAAAAGCCGGCCGAGUAUGGCAUACCGGAAUGGAGAUCACGGGUGAUGUAUGUUCCUCAAAGGCCAGCCACGCAUCCAGGUUGCCCCAUGGAUCUCUUCAAAGCGGUGAAAAAGUUUUCCAGCCAAAAACAUAAAGCCAAACUAGGCAAUCCGAUUACAAUUGGCAUGAAUUGGGAAUUAUCUGAAUCGCAUUUUUAUGAAAAGUGGAGCAACCUAUCUGGUGGUGAAAUGCAACGGUGCUCUUUAGCUAUUGCCAUUGCAUUGGCUCCAGAUAUUCUUUUACUGGAUGAGCCGACGUCUGCUCUUGAUCCACAAGCCGUUUCUUUGGUGGAAAAAACGUUAAAAGGCAAAACAUGUAUUUGGAUUACACAUGAUCCUCAACAGGAACAACGUGUUGCGACACGGACAUUGAAAAUGACUCGACAACGGGCCCCUACGCCAUUGGAUUCCGAUGAGGAGAGCCAGGGUAUUCAAGAACAAGACGACCGUCCAAUUAGCAUCACCAUGGAUGUCUGAUGCAGCUAGGAGAUAGUUACAACAAACACAAUAGUUUUUUCGAUGGAUUGAACAAAUAUGGUCAUUCCGAAUCAAUGCAAGGAGCAUAGAAUAUGUAAGGCUAAAAUCAAUGCUGGACAAAUAAACAAGAUAGGAAAAAAAAGACUCAGG